CAUGUGGAAAAAUUUAGGCUGGUCAUCCAAAAAUUUUGCUGUUAUAAGUACAUCCCGUCCCGCUCGAAUCUCUACAAUGAGCAGCAAGUUGCUAGCCUAAUCCACUUUUCAGCAAAGCUAAAACUACUAAAAGUCUCGGAUCAAGGGCAGCAGAGAUGGCUUGUGAAAUCGGAAACAGGACCGUCCUAAAAUUCGACACCGAGGAUGGUGUCGCAGUGGCCCUGGCCAGAUACAUUGCCGAUCUCUCCGAAAGAUUUAUCAAAGAAAAAGGUUCUUUCAAUGUGGUCCUCUCAGGAGGCAGCCUCAUCGAUACUAUGAGGUAUCUAACUCGGGCCCCUUACAAGGAAUCAGUGGAUUGGCCAAAAUGGAGCAUAUUUUGGUUGGAUGAGAGGGUGGUUCCUCUGGACAGCAAGGAUAGCAAUUACAGACUUGCCUGGGAUGGACUUCUUAAAUACGUAACCAUUCCAAAUAAUCAAAUUUAUGCCAUCAACGACAAGCUGUCACCUGAGGGUGCAGCAGAAGAUUACGAGGCUCGUCUCCGGGAUUUGGUCGACAGAAGGAUCCUACCAUUGUCAAAUGCUAGCGGUUUCCCCAGUUUCGAUCUCAUGCUCGUCGGCAUGGGACCGGACGGCCAUGUGGCUUCUCUAUUCCCUAAUCGUCCUCAGCGAUACGAGAAGAAGCGCUGGGUAACCUAUAUUACAGACUCCCCAAAGCCACCUCCACCAAGAAUCACUUUAACCUUCCCAGUGAUCAACUCUUCGUCAGAGAUUGCAAUGGUGGUAACUGGGGCUGAUUUAGCCGGUGCAGUGAAAGACGUCCUGGAGAAUCCCGACUCAGAUUUGCCCGCUUCUGAAGUUUCUGCACAGGGGCUUCUCACCUGGUUUUUGGACAAUGAUGCUGCUUCACAACUUUGAAGCAUCAGCUGGCGCAUCCUUCACCCAUCUUUUACUUCAAAGCAUUAUGUAAUAUUAAUUAUGGUUCUACUGCCAUUUAUGCCGUCCAUCAUUUUUCUUUAAUAAUUGUAUCCAGUAAUCUAGUAUUGAUUCUGGUCUAUCAUAGGCUACAACGACUUUUGGGAUUAUCCCUAUUUCUGCAGUGCAAUUCUUAAUAAGA